CAUUCAUCGGAGGAAGUGGGCGGCGAGGGGCGGCGCGGGUGUCGGCGGUAGCCCCCCGCUCGGCUCUCAGUCGCUCGCCGACACUCUCGCCGCCAGCACGCGAGAGCCGCGAUGCACGUUGCCUUCGCUUGACGCAUUCAGUCGCGGUCCGCGUGUGUGUGCCACUGUGCCCUCUCCGUGAUCCGAGAUCGGAGCUCGUUUGAACCGCGUGCAGUGUAGCCGCAGCAAGUGCGCUUCUUCGGAUCUUAGGGUCCGAGUGCAGCGAGCCCCGGUGAGCAGUGGACAGCAGCACGCACCAGCCGACGGCUCAGCUGACCGGCACGUCUGCCUGCGAGCGCACGGUACGUAACAAUUCGUUAUGCCAGACGCAAAGGAGUUACUUAUACAGUAACAGCAUCAUAAUCCGAAGCAGCGGCGGUUGUCGUUCGGCGAGUAGCGCGGGCGCGGGCGCCGUGACGGUCGCUAGCGCGGGCGCAGGCGCGGGCGCGGGCGCGUGCGCGGCGCGCAUGGCUAGCGCGGGGGCGCAGUACCGCGGCGGCGCGCAGCAGUGGGCGGCGGCCUAUGCGCCGCAGCCCUGCCGCUACCCGCCGCCACAGCCGCAGCAGUACGCGGCGGCUCCCAGCCCCUAUACUCCGCACCAGUACACGGGCGCGGGCAUGGGCGGAUGCGGCGCGACCGGCGGCCGGGUGCCGACGGCGGCGUCGCCCGCCAACACGGCGUCCUCGUCGUCGUCCAACACGGGCUCGGCGGGCGGCACGCGCUCCACCAGCCUGAGCACGGCGCCGCCGCCGCCGGCCUCGUCCGCCUCCACCACCGGCGCCGCCGGCGAGCAGCUCAGCCGCACCAACCUCUACAUCCGAGGCCUUAGCCAGAACACCACCGAUAAGGACCUCGUACAAAUGUGCCAGAUGUAUGGCAACAUUAUUUCAACAAAAGCAAUAUUGGAUAAAAAUACGAAUAAAUGUAAAGGUUACGGUUUUGUAGAUUUUGAAACGAUCGCGUCAGCCGAGGCAGCUGUUAAAGGAUUACAAGCCAAAGGUGUUCAGGCCCAGAUGGCUAAAGUGGGUAUCUGGUUCCUGCGUAGACUGAACCGUAUUUGGAGAGCAAGUUCUUCACCUAUUACUCCGGGGCAUUUACAGCAACAAGAACAGGAUCCUACCAACCUGUACAUGGCCAACCUGCCGCCGCACUUCAAGGAGAAUGAUGUGGACCAACUGCUGGCCAAGUUCGGCCAAGUGGUCUCCACUAGAAUCUUGCGCGACACCCACGGCCAAAGCAAAGGUGUGGGCUUUGCCAGGAUGGAGUCCAGGGAGAAAUGCGAGCAGAUUAUUCAAAUGUUCAAUGGGAACCCAAUCCCAGGAGCCAAGGAGCCUCUACUAGUUAAGUUCGCCGAUGGCGGUAACAAGAAAAAGGCGCUCUACAACAAACAAAACGAUAACAACGGAAGAGCAUGGCGAGACAACAAUGAUUCUAUUACCCAGGUAGCCGCAAUGGCUGUGAGCGGCGUGUACGCCGGCGGAGUGGGCGGCGCGGGCGCGGGCGGCGAGUGCGCCGGCGUGUACCGCGGCGGCGGCGGCGUGUACGGCGUGGCGGCCUUCCACCACCACCCGCAGCUGCACCACCACCACCACGCCGCGCACCCCGCCGCCUGGCUGGCGCCCUACGCCGCGCUCAUCCCGCCCGCGCACCCCGCGCACCACGCCGCGCACCCCGCGCACCCCCACAUACCCAUCGACGCUGUGCCUAGCCAAUACGUAAACUGGGACAGCUUAAGGCCGGAAAAUGAGUUAUACUAUUUCACGUCGCACCCGUAUCAGUACUUCGCGGGUCCCACCCCGCCGAUCAUCCAGAUGCCGAUGGAGAGCGAGCACGCGUCCACGGCGGCUUCGCCCGACGAGGCCUACCAGCCGUACCCGCCUCCCAAGUAGACCGUAAGCCACGCUACAACACUACGUGCUGUACACGAGCCAAAAAUCAAAGCAACUGUGACUUUUUACGAUGUUAAUUUGUUUUAGUUUUAAUUUGCGGCCGUUAUAGACUUCAUCGAAAGCUCCGCUGCGCGGCGCCCGCGCUCCGCCGGCUCUCGUCUAACUAGUUGUUAAGCCUGAUCGCCUCGACUAUUUAUUUCCUCGACGGGCUUCGUAUUUGGCUGGUCCUCUUGGCUUUAUGCUGGACGUUCGAUUUGCUGUGAUGUUUUGAUGAGGUCUUUUCACGGUUCGAGGAGAGGAUUUGAUGUAUAGAUAUAGUUGCAAUUUUAAAAGUGUUUUGCAUUAUAAUUUUAUUAUUGUUUUAUGAAAAUUCAUUAAGAUUUUAGGCGCAGAUUUCGUACAUGUUGACAGAAUUAUUUAAGAUAGUUAGGUAUUUAUUUUAGCAUAGAGUGUUUUCAUGCAUCAAGUGACAAAUUAAACUUGUCCUCAAUGCAGAAAAAUCGGUAAUUCUUAUCAUAUUAUUUGAUUGCUAGUGUCAUAUUCAAAACUGUAACUGUGUUACCGUUUGUUUUUGACGACGCAUAAACAAUGAACAUCACUAUGAAAAUCAAACAAAAUGGUGCAAUCACAAUAUACAAAAGUAUAUAUUAUUAUAUAUAUUGAAAAUUUUAAAUUAAUCUUUUGUGUCAUUUUUAUUUAAAUUAUUUUUGUUACAUCGGAGUGUAUGAGGAGAGCAAUAUCUGAAAGUCGGAUAGAAAGAUAAGUGGAAAAGGUCAUAUCAUGGAAACAAAAAUAUUAACAAAAAAUGUAAAGAAUAAUGAAGUGAUUAUGUGUGUAAGAGUUAGUAAUGGUGGGUACACCGAUUAGAUCUUGUACUAUAAAAAGCUGGAGAUUUAGAAUCUUCCGAUGAGUUUAGGUAUUUUUAAAAUACAGUCGUUGCGUCAUUUUAGAGUCGGAAAACAUAAAUUCAGGCAGCUCGACAUAGUAAAGGCAAAGUUUCGCUAACGCCGCCACGGAGCACCCCUCCAGCGAGGGAGACCACCUAGUGCGAGCUGUGCACACUUAUAUACGUUAAGCAUGGUGCUCUAACUCAGUAUGUUCCCAGCAUGUGUGCAUCAAUAUGUAUAAAGACAGUAUUAUUUAUCAAAAACAAAGUUCAUACUGGCGCAGUCUUCCAAAGAUCGCGAUUCAUUCUUGUAUGGCUCACUGACCCAACGAGCGCCACGUGUACGGGCUGUUAGCCAAUUCAAAUUUACUUUUCCACAAAUAAACAGCCUCGCUGAACAAAUCUAUUACUUGUAAGAGGUACGUAAAAUUAUAUUCCUUCUAAAGUCAUUACUUUAUCAUCACAAAUAGGAUUAUUAUAUUAAUUUUCUGCGUGUAUGUAGAUGCGAUUUCGAAACAAACUUCAAUAACGUCGUUGCCAAACCCGAACACAGACUGAAUUUAUGUAUACCUAUUUUAACUUGAAAUAUUAGUGAUCCGCGUUUUGGUUCGUAACCUAGGACUGCACGGUGCUCGGUGCAGCGCACAGAGCCACCGACCGUGUGCUGCGACUACUGGAUGGGUAAUGACUUGCAACGGUCACGUCUGCGCUUAGGCACAGCAGUGCUGAUGAUACGGCAACAUUUAGCAAUAAGCAGUUGUAUGUAAAGUCUAUUUAUACAUUUUACGAGUCUAUACAAAUUUUUGUACGUUGAAAACACAUGUUUGAAUACGUGAAUAAUGAAAUGAUCCUUUUUUGAGAAUCAUGUACUGAAUCAACUGUAGUUGUUAUUUUGUAGGCGGUCGGCACAUUCCACUAGAAGAAAACUCAAACAAAUUCCACGAUUGAUUUCCACAUUAUAAAAUGUAAAUGGAUUUGAAAUCCUAAGUGUAAACACCGUUUUGGUGUAAUUGAGCACUUUUUGUACCAUCACGUAGGUUUUGGGUACACUUUAUGACUUUAUAUGAAAUUUGAUAUUUUUAUAUUGAAUAUAUAUAAAUUAUACAUGGAUAUGUAUACAUGUAUAUACAUUGUUGAUGGGUACGAGUAAAAGCCUACUAUAUCGCAACUGUUUAAUUCUAUUUUGGCACGUCAAGAGUUUCAUCAGAACCAAAGUAUACAAAUCAUUAAAGUCGAGUAAGAAGUAGGAAAAUAUUUAUACAACUCAGGGACUGAAGACUAGUUAAAUGUUUGAUAUAUUAACUGUAUUUUAACUGACAAUUAAGCGGUAACCUCUUUAUUCAAAACCUGUGAACCGACUUAAAAGAAACAAUACAGGAACUGAAACUAGCUGACGACAGGUUUUGAAUGAAUAACGUAGAUUUUGAACGAGUAAGUAGAUCUGUACUUGAUUUGUAAACAAUCAUUUUCUUUUAUUCAGGAAAAGGCUGAACUGUACUGUUGUUCCGUAAAGAAUUACUUUUUGAACUGUACAUACAUUAGCUCAAGAAUUUUCACUAGUUACGUACUUGUAACGUACUGCUAAACAUCUUCCACGUAGAGGCACAACGUUGAGGAGCUCGCAAGUGAACAGAGCAACGCAAACACGUAGGUAGCCCCAGAUAGUAGUUGUAUUAGCCGAGUGCCUCACGACCCUCCACCGGUCGCCGCCAGUGAGGCUUCCUUGUGUGACGUUCCGGAGACGCCCACGCAACCACAAUACUCCGUAGAUCAGGCUCGCGCUCGUACGACGUCUGAUCAAGCCAAAUUUUAUUGUACUGAAUAAGAACCGCCUUUACUUGUGAAAUAACCAUAAAGUGCAAUGUAGUACCGAGCGUCGUGGUACUUAGUUAAGUAUUGGUCGUCUAGUGUUCCACGUACACUGUGGCUUCCUGUAAAUGCAGUCUUCCGAUAGAUAUUUCCGCUAAACUUUGCAUUUAAAUUUGAUGUCAAUGUAUUCAAGAAAUUCAUUUCACGUUCAGAGUAUCACCCAAGCCUUGGUUGAACGUACCGUUUAUAAGUGUAUCGUUUAAUUUCCUCGCUGUAAUGUUUUAGUUUCAUUCCAAUAAGCAAAUCGUUGUUUCCGUAAAUCGUUGUAUAAAGCGACUAUGUAUGUAUUAAGUAUAGACAAGUACCAAAUCGAGGUCACGUCGCGCACGUGGCGUAUUCAUCUAAGUGACUUGUAGUUAUAGCGUGGCACGGUCCUGUGUAGUAGAUCACCGUCGAAAGCAAAGUAUUUUAGCACGAAAAUUAUUUUUCUAAUGCUUCCCUUCCAUUUAAGCAAUAAUAACUUGAUUUGAUGGUAGUGCCUUCAGCUUCCUCUAAAGUAAUGCUCAGGUAUGAAUACAAUAUAGCAGUUGCAUGUGCUUUACACAAUAUUUUUACAGGUAAUAGAGAACUUACCGUAUUACAUAAACGUAGUGAUAAUGUAAAAAAAACUAUGUUUAAAAUAUUUUGUAUUAACAACUAAAAGAAAAUAAUGUGGCUGUCUAAUCGUUGCAUUUUUCACACAUGAUGUAAAUGAAUUGAACUCGACAGAAACGUAGAUGUUCCUAGUUAAACUCACUUGUACAUUCUAGACAUGUGUGAUAACUGAUAACAAUACUUUACUUUGAGAUUACGGACUAUGAUUUGUAUUACAUAAAUAUAUGUAGUGAGAGCUAAAAACACAAGAUGAGCACAAAGAUGCGAUUGGGGAACCAAGUCUUGAAAACCAAAACUAUGUUUCAACAGAAAUCAUGUCGAUGAAUAGAAAUGUUAAGUAGAUGUUUUUAAAAAUAAGUCAUUUAAUUAUAAGCGAACGCACGGAUACGUCGAUACAGUGAAUAGAGAAGCUACGGGCACGAUAACGAAUGACGGCUAGGAUUAGUUCUUAGGCUUAACUAUAGAUAGGAUAGAAUAGAAAACAAUGUUUCGACGCUAAGAUAGAUAGCAUAGAGCCUUAGAUUUAAUAUAUUUGUGUGAGUGGGCGGCGCGGGCGUUAGCCUGCCGGCUCUAGGGUAGUUUCCUUUGUUAGUUUAUUAAAUAAUUUAAUUUGAAUGGACUGAAGCCGGCCGCCCCGCGCCCGCGCCGCCACUAGCGUAACGUAAGGACUAAGAGAAUAGUGAACACAUUCUUGAUAAGUUUCAGUUGAACAAGUUUGCUUUCACCUCUUUCGUUAUGUAGUUCAAUAAGUGUAAAGAAGAAAAUUACAUGAAAAAAACGGAAGUGUCGAUACGAAUGUAUUUGUCCAAUGUGUAUUAAUAUAGUGUGGUGUUCUACCCAGCAGACUAGUCUAGACAGUAGAAUAGUAUAGGUAAAUAUUUAGUUAGGUAGUAUUAUAGAAUUAUGAAUGCAAAAAAUAAAAACUUCAUAAAAUGUAAAAAAAAAUGAAAUGAAAUUGUUGGUAAGACAGAUUAUUUUUAAGGGACAUGUUGCUUCGUUGUGUUAUGAUGUGAGGUUUGGCAUAACUAUGAUAAUAGUGUAAAAGCAUUUCUCGCAGAGAAAAGACAAAGGGGAAAGUUAUGUAUCUAUUUUGUUACAAAGUGUUUGCAAGUUUCUAUAUUGUGCUAUGAGCAUUUUACGUGACCCGCAUUAUUUAUAGUUAUGCUGAAUGGAAACUAAAAUAUAAUAUAAAUAAAUCAAAAUGGUACUAAGAAGCAUGUUUUAUUGUGACGAGUCAUGUUCCUUUGCAUUGAACAUAUUUUGUAAGAGCAAAAUGAUUGAAUAAAACAAGCGAAACCAAAUCUA